AUGUUACCUACUGUUCGAAUUGACGGCAAAACUCGUCGUCUUAGUGUAUCAAGUAAUAAUCACCGUCGAUUUUCGAUCAUUUCAAAGAAUUUUGAUAAUGAAUAUUCUAAUCAACAACAAAUUCAAGUUAUUGAUUCUGAAUUAUCCCAACCACUUCCUAAUUCUGAUGGGAUCACGAAUCGACAUCGAUUAACACAGAUCAUUUCUAUUGUUGAUAAUAAUAAUAAUAAAGAAAAUAUUGUUAAACCAAAAGGUUUAUAUCUUUUAUUAUUUAUUAUUGAACCGAUUCUUGCCAGUUGUAUUCUCUUUCCAAUAUUGGUUCUCUUCUGGGAUUGUGGAUGGAAUCUUAUUGUUACAAUGUUAAAUUCAUUGAAUGACUAUGCAUUAACUUAUAAUCUUGAUGGACUUGAUUAUACUGACUAUGGAUAUGGUGAUUAUUCUCCUCAAUCUUUAAUUAUUUCGUAUAUAGUUGAUGAAAUUCUGUUACUUAUUUUGUAUCUUAGUCAAGAUUUAUUUUACGAUUUUCUUAAAAUACAAAAAUCUAUUAUUAGAAUGAUUUUGAUUAAAAUUCAUAUAUUAAUAUUAUCAUUUCUAUAUAUUAUUCAAUGGGAAAUGAUCUGGACUAUAUUGGAUCAAUAUACUCCUCUAGAUUGGCCAUUUAUGAUGAUUUUCUCAAUAGCAUCAGUCUUUAUUCUAAUUGUUAUUACAGGAACAUUAUCAGAUUUAGUUUGUUCUCCAUUUGUUGUUAGUUAUGAUUCGAUUGAAUAUUGUGUUCAAUUUGAAUGUCCUCUUCUCACAGAACAUAUGAAUCGAUGGAAAAUCAAUUUGAUGAAUUUUAUAUUAUAUGAAAUUAUAAUUUCUAAUCUUACAAUUAUUAUAUGGCAUGGUUUUUAUGUUAUUCUAGAUCAAUAUUUGUAUGUUGAUGAUAUUAAUAAAUCGAUUUGGGUUUGUAUAAUAAUUGGUUACGCUCUUUAUUUUCCAUUGAUGUAUUGUCAAUAUUACUCGGAUAAAAUUAAUUUAAAAUAUGACUUUUUCACUUUUUUUUCAUUGAAUUUUCCACAAUUUCAUCGAAAUAUUGUUCAUGGAUUAGCCUUUGCGUCAUGUUUAUUUAUUUGGCAUGGCUUUUGGGUUACAUAUGAUACUUAUCUAUAUAUAUUCGAACAAUAUUAUCAGACAUAUUUAUUAAUGAUUUUUCUUGUAUUUGGAUUCUUAUCUCUCAUUCAAACAUUUUCGUCAAUGAAUGGUCCAUUGAAAAGUAUGGAAGAUAAGUAUCAUUUUUUUCCUGUUUAUCCACAUUGCUACAUUUCAAAAGUUGUUUACAACUUCUCUCAAAUAUCGUAUUUUCAAUCCAAGAACAUGAAUCGAUCUACACGAAUUUUUCCUUUUGAAACUUCAGCAGAUGAUCGCAAAUUAAAUAAAUGA